CUAUGCAUCUUGCACGUAUUCGUGAGUUGUUCUCUCAAAAAUUUCUUUCAUUUCUUGUCUCAGAUAAGAUUUAGGUUGGAUUCGACUGACUGCACUCCAACAAGCACCCCCACGUCGACUAUCAUCGGUGUUGCUAUUGGCGGAAUUGUUCUCGUGAGCAUCAUGGGCGUUGUCUACAGGAUUCGUCGCCAAGCACUCCAACGACGUGCUGCCCAGACAACCUUUGUGUGUGGAACGCCCAAUAACAACUAUGGCAGGAGACAAUCAAAUGUGUAUCAUUCAUACCCCACUCAAUCACGAUACCCUCCUGGCCUACAGUCAUCAAGACCUGUCUCCGGUCAAGUGAAUUCAUUAAACCGACAGGGCAUGACUUUAGCACCUUCGUUUCCUCAACCAUCCUACCCACCCCCGAUGACACACUCUGCACGCACGCGAUCACCGACUAUGCCUUCUCUAACCCACCACUCAUAUUCGAACCAGACCCCACAUGUUUCACCCCCCUCUUCCCCAAAUUCAACCCACUUACUACCCCCCCUCUCCCCUUCGACAUAUUCACGAGUCUCUGCUGAUCCGUCUACUGUUCAAACACCAUCUAUUAGUGUCACUCCGGUAGCGAACACGCCUGUCGAGCGUCCAUCACCUUCAGGGAAUAUGGAGAUGCGUCCGUUGACUAUGAAUACGGGAGUUGAGAAUGAUGAACCUCCACCAGCUUAUACCCCAAUUUAACAGUAUGUAACAUCUUGAGGACUGUCGUACGAGAUACCCGAUUUUAAGCAGGAACUUAUUACAAUCUCAUGAAAAGGGUGUGAAGAAUGCUGUCCACUUGAUUUUUCGGUGUUUUCUCAUUGUUUCUUGAUGAUCCUAUAUCGUUUCACUGUGCUCACCCGCUAGAGCUUGCGUGUUUUUGAACCCCGUCUGUGUAUCUAUUACACACGAUAGAUCAUGAACUUCUGGGACUUCAGCGCUUAAGGAGCAAGGCCGCUAACUAAAAAAAAGGCAGCCAUCUAUGUACAUUCCUUCGACGAGAUGAGCCUGAAUUCAUAAACGACCAAAAAUCUUCUUUCCAUAUUGUCUACCUUUGGGAGCCUAGCUACGAGCCC